CUCCGUCAGUGUCACGAUCUCUCGCUCAGCCCCAGUCCUUCUCCCGCAGCGUCGCCUUCCCUGAGCCGUGACCAUGGGCUUCGGCGAUGUCCUGGAGAACGUCGGGAGCAUGGGCAAGUUCCAAAUCGUCCACGUUUUGUUGCUGUCAUUCCCGGCCCUGAUACUGACCAUGCACAACUUGCUCCAGAACUUCCUGGCUGUUGUCCCCGACCAUCACUGCCGGAUCCCUUGGGAAACGGUGAAUGGCUCCAGGCACGCCAACGUGACGGACAGGGCGCGGAUGGAGGAUCUUCUCCGGGUUUUCAUCCCUCUGGACCAGAACCAGCGGCCGGAGAAAUGCCUCAUGUACUCCUCUCCUCAAUGGCACCUCCUGGAUCUCAAUGGGACCCAUGGGAGCACAGCUGAAUACCACACACAGAAGUGUACGGACGGGUGGACCUACGAUGAAUCGAAGUUCAAAGCCUCGACAGUAACAGAGUGGGAUUUGGUCUGCGAUCAGAAGUCUCUGAGAUGGAUCACGCAGUCGAUCUACAUGUCUGGAUUGCUGGUGGGAGCCAUAGUGCUGGGCAGGCUCUCCGACAAGUUUGGGAGACGGACGCUCCUGCUGUGGUCGCACUUCCAGAUGGCGGUGUCUGGAACUUGUGCUGCUUUCUCGUCCUCCUAUCCCUUGCUCUGCUUCUGGAGGUUCCUCUGCGGAGUUUCGACAUCUGGGCUGAUUCUGAACGCUUUCUCCCUGCGGGUUGAAUGGGUCCCAACAAGAUUUCGAACUUCUGUGGAAAUGAUUAGCAAUUACAUUUACACGACUGGUCAAAUGCUGCUGGCUGGUGUAGCCUAUGGAAUCCAACACUGGCGCUGGAUUCAGUUCUCACUUUCAGUCCCAUUUUUCGUCUUCUUCCUUUAUUCCUGGUGGUUCUCCGAGUCCGCUCGCUGGCUUAUUCUGAAUGACAAGGCCGAUGUAGCUCUGAAACAGCUCAGGAGGGUGGCCAAGAUGAACGGCAAGCAGGAUGAAGGGAAAAAGCUCACUGUCGAAAUUCUCAAAUCGAGUAUGGAAGAUGAGCAGCUAACAGCUAAGAACAAGCACAGUGUGCUCGAUCUGUUUCGGACUCCUGUCAUACGCAAGAUAGCUUGCUGUACCAUGCUCGCUUGGUUUGCAACGGGUUUUGCGUAUUAUGGGUUGGCAAUAGACCUGCAAGGAUUUGGAGUUGACAUUUACCUCAUCCAGUUCAUUUUUGGGGCCGUCGACAUUCCCGCAAAGUCGAUCUGUUUCAUUUCCAUGAGUCUGAUUGGAAGGCGAUUCACACAGAGCACAUCCCUUAUUCUUGCAGGAUGCAUCAUUGUGGCAAACAUCUUCAUCCCAAAAGAGUUAAAGACCUUACGCACAUCAUUCGCUGCGAUUGGGAAAGGGUGUCUCGCUGCAGCCUUCAGCUGCUGCUACCUCUACUCAGGCGAACUCUACCCAACCGUGGUCAGGCAGACGGGGAUGGGGCUGGUGAGCACGAUGGCUCGCGUGGGGGCCAUGAUAGCUCCUAUUGUAAAGCUGAGCGGUGACUAUAUCUCAUUCCUGCCAUCGAGCAUUUACGCCGGGGUAGCUAUAAUCGCUGGCUUCGCUGUCUUUCUCCUUCCCGAAACACGGAACACUCCUUUGCCAGAAACCAUCGAAGGAGUUGAAAACAGAGCAAUAAAAACUUCUGGAAAAGGCAAGGACCCAGAGAGGAGAGAUACCUCACUCCAGGAACUCCACCGAUCACUGAUGAAACAGACUGUGUGACCAGGUGCAGCUCACUCCCAGCUAUCAGCCCUCUGAGCGAAGAAAUGAUAACAGGCGUUUUGUAAUCCAUGCCCACUUUUUCACAACACACGUUUAAUAAAACCUUCUCAACUAUCAACAUUUCCAAAUUGUACUUUAAGCACUAGAUAACUGAAGCGAUAAGAUAAAUCUAAACAAACGCAAGCAAAUGGCAGCCUCAGUCCAGAUUCCAGUCUGUUUCUUAAGAGAUAUUGUUGUGUCCUCCUGGCUUAAUUGUUAAAAAAUAACUUUGAAUUGAAAACACUGAACUGAGAUCAAUCCUUUUGAUGUUGAUGUGAUUUAUUACUGUCACGUGUACCUCGGUACAGUGAAAAGUCUUGUUUUGCGUGCAGUACAGGCAGAUCAUACCAUACACAGUGCGUUAGGGUAAUAGAACAGAUCGAGGAGUAUAAUGUUACAGCUGCAGGAAAGAUACAUAGAGAGUCAGACCAACAUUAAAUUUAAAACGUGAGAGGACGAUUCAGAAGCUGUUCUUAAAUCUGUCGGUACGUGUGUUUAAGUUUUUGUAUCUUCUGCCCGAUGGAAGAGAUUAUAACUGGGGAGUGGAAGGGGGUAUGGGAUGAUGUUGGCUGCCUUCCUGAGGCAGGGGCAAGUGUAGAUGGAGUCAAUGGAUGGGAGGCUGGUUUGUGCGAUGGACCAAGCUGCCUUUCCAAUCCCAGGGCUGUGCAGCAUUGUCUUAAUGGAUGUGGUGCACAUGGUCUUGGUUCUUGUCCUGCCACAGUGAAGGCAUACAACCAUCAUGAACAAUAUCCUCAAACAGAGGUAAAUCAUUGCCAAUGUUCCUUGAUUGUCCAUUGUAGGUCUCAAUGUAACAUGAUUAAACCAUUAUAAACCAA